CAUGAUUUAUGGCGCACUGGUUUUGUAAUUCGCAAAUAACAAAGUGACUCAGAGCUGCUUAGACUAUCGUGCGUAAUGAAAGCUGUAUCGUUGGUUUUACGCCUGACGUUUCCUUCCGAAUCCUGGAGAAAGUUCGAACAAUGAAACUUGUACCCGAACAUCUCGUUUGUAUAUUUCGCUCCGUUGUUGCAAUAUAAACGACGAUCCUCGCAAAGUCUUAAAACGGCGUGGGAGCUUCGUCGUUGUAAUCGUCAUCAUUUUCGCAAUGCCAAAGAGCAAUUGUUAAAGAUUCAUUUCUUCAGUCCAGUGCUACCUGAGGAUUUUCCAAAGAAUCGUUAAAAACAAGGAAACCCACUGCACGGGUCUAAUCGGUACAAUGUCUGGCGAACAAUUUUCUUUAGUAUGGAACAGCUUUCCAAGAAACCUGUCUUCGGGCUUGUAUACUUUAUUAACAGAUGAACAACUCGUGGAUGUUACACUGGCAGCUGAAGGCCAAAUCCUGCGAGCCCACAAGCUGAUAUUGUCAGUCUGCAGCACAUAUUUUCGAGAGCUUUUCAAGAUGAAUUCGUGCAAACAUCCUAUUGUUAUACUGAAAGAUAUCAGUUAUCGGGAUUUAUCAUCUAUGCUGCACUUCAUGUACCAAGGAGAAGUUAAUAUAAAACAAGAAGAUAUUUCUAGUUUUCUUAAAGUUGCAGAAACUCUUCAAAUAAAAGGAUUGACUACUGGAUCAGAUGAGAAGCUCAGUGAUACUCUUGAAGGAAAGAAAGACUGGAAAGACUUAGACUUUUAUCUUGACAAGGAUGAAGAUAAUCCUGACAAUACAGAUGGACGAUCACUUAGACACACUAUAGAAAAGGAGCAGUCAACGACAAGGCAACACAUCUUGACAGAAAGUUUAAAAGAAAGACCUUUCACGGAACAGGCAUUACGUGACAGCCAUCAACAAGUUCACACAGAACCUGGCGACUACAAUCUUCCACCAGACAUACGGACAACGUAUAGCGAGAGAUGUGCAAGCGCGGACGCACCGAGCAGCAACGUCGAACCGUUGGACUGCACAUCGUCAGACGUGAAUCAACUGCAGAGUACUAAACACGAACCACUGGAUUACACAUUGGAGACGGACACAGACGUCGAGUACAACAGAUCGUGCGUGGAGAAAGUACUGUAUAACUCCGAGGAGAACGCGCAGAGACAAGAUUUCGCGCCAGAUACGCAGUUAGUUCCCUACAGUCAGAACUCACAAACUCAACCGUUCGGUCCAAGCAACGUGACAGCAUUUCAGGGUGAUUACACGUCGUAUGAUGCGUCGGUGAGUCCCAGUAACAAAGGUCGACGUACUGUUAAAGGUAUUCCCAGCAGCAGCUUACCUCUGGAGACAACGUUGCGUGUCGUCUCGGAAUUAGGACCAACGCUGCGCUUUGAACGCGGCAAAAUGAUACGCAUGUACUCGUGUCCGUGGUGCUUGCGUCACUUCACACGGAAGGAGAACCUCAAACUCCAUGUCCGUUAUAUUCACGGUCCGCUUGAAAGUCUCACGUGUAAGCUUUGUGGCAAUAAAUAUAAGAACAGUAACAGUCUGCGUGUACACUCCUACCUCUAUCACAACGCCAAGCGGGAUAAGCACGGCAAGCCGCUCAUGGACGGCGGCGGUGAUGGCGGCGGUGGUGGCCACGGUGGUGCCGGUGGAGACGGCGGUGUCGUGUGAACAGAGACUAGAAUCUCUCCUUUUUUUACGAACUUUCGUCAAGGACUUUGCGUGACUUUCGUGUUCACGGUGCAAAACCGGUGCAAGUAUAUAUAGUGGACGGCGAGUGGAAUUUGUUAUAUUUAUAUUUGCGUACGAUGUUACACUCGCACAAGUGUAUUUAAACAUUAAAUAAUUACCAUUUCAAUACAUUUAUAGAAAUAAAGCGCCUUAUUGUAUA